AUGACAACUUUUUCCGCCCCGGUCACCGCACCUAGAUCGAUGCCCAACAAUCAGUCUGCGUUGGCGGCAUCCUUCACCAAUUUCCUCACCGUAUCAAUACACCAGAUCCUGUUUCUACGUUCGGUCUAUCCACGAGCCACGUUCCUCCCCGUGCGGGCGUACAACUAUCCCGUCCGACAAUCCCGUCACCCCAAGGUGUGUGAUUACAUCAAUGACGCGUCAAUUGCGGUCGGAACGGAGAUCUUGAAAGGCACAAUAACCGCUGUCAGCAUUAUCAUCUCCUCCCUCCGCACGAAUCAACCCCUCGAACGAUAUGCCUUUGAUUUAUCGGGCUUCCCCCCGGGUGUUCCCGUAACCGACCGGGCUUCCGCCCCCACAUCAGUCGACCUUGAAGCGCAAUUCCGGGCCUGUUUAGCAAGACUGGCUUCAGCUUGUGCGCGCCUGACUCCUUUGCCUCGGGACGAUGAAUUCAGUUUCACCGUUUGCAUCGAGGUGCGGGAAGAUGCUUUACCCCCGGCGGGGACCACAACCGAAGAACAGACAUGGAUUGUGGCCGAACCGGAUAAGGUCCACCUCCGAUCGUGCACCGCCCCUUACUCCACGGUCCCGGUACGACGUGUAGAAGCUGGAGAGCUUCGACUGGAACUAUGGGUGGAAGAGGCACGGCAGAAGUUUAAUGAACCGGUGGACUCUGAACAUCCACCAUGA